AUGGAUUCGAAGAGUUCAAAUGAUCAAGAUCAUUUCGUUGAUCUCGAAAGCGGAGCAAGUGAAAGUGACGACGCUGUGGACUCCUUGGACAACUCAUCGAGCUCUAUCGAGAGAAGUUUGAUAAAGAAGCUCGGGGUUGAGAGUUCGAGGGAGAAAAGCCAAAGAAAGCCUUCAAAGCCACCACGGCCUCCUAAAUCGACACUUCCAGUUGUUAUCGAUCAGAAAUUGGUUAAGGAAAUAUCGGAGCGUGCUAUGUUGAAAAGGGCAAAAUUUGCGAGGAUGAAAGCAUCCAGGAAGAAGAAAAAUGGGAAGAAGUCAUCUUCUAACGGAUGCUUAUUUGCUCUGGUCAUCACUGUUUUAUUCUGCAUCAUCAUAGUUUGGCAAGAUUUAGGCCCUUAA